AUGGCCAACCUGACCUGGCAAGACAAAUGUGCUGCCAAACAGGCCGAGGCAGACGCCAAAAUUCCCACUGAAUGGCGACUCACAGCAGAGAUCCUCCAGCAAGUUGAUAACAAUGAGCUGGAAAUCCUCGAUGUUUCGUCGAAGUGUGGCAUCCUUAGUAAAGCAGAGCUCGCGAUUACUGAGCUUCCCGAUGCAACGUCGCUACGAGACAAGCUUGCCAGCCAAGGGCUCAGCGCCAUUGAGGUGACUACUGCCUUCUGCAAGCGUGCUGCCAUUGCGCAACAGUUGACUUCAUGCUUGACGGAGACCAUGUUCUCAGAGGCUCUGGUUAGAGCGGAAGAGCUAGACGCACAUAUCAAGACUACUGGAAGACCUAUCGGACCACUUCACGGUAUUCCGAUUAGUAUGAAGGAAACCUUCAAUAUUAAGGGUGUAUCGACUUCUCUCGGGUUUACGUCUUUCCUGGAUCGCGAGCCCGUCACCCAGAACUCUGUCUUGGUAGAUAUCCUUCUGGAAGCAGGGGCAGUGCUGUACGUGAAGACCAACGUGCCCCAGACAAUGAUGACCGCGGACUCGCACAACAAUGUCUUUGGACGUGUGCGGAACCCACACAGAAGUACCCUCACAGCCGGUGGCAGCAGUGGAGGCGAAGGAGCUCUGGUGGCCAUGCGUGGAUCCAUCCUAGGAAUUGGGACUGAUAUUGCUGGAUCGAUUCGCAUCCCAGCACUGUGUUGCGGUACCGUGGGCUUCAAGCCUAGUGUCGGUCGCGUACCGUAUGCUGGGCAAACGAGUGCAGGUAGACCAGGGAUGACUGGGAUUGCUCCAAGCGCAGGACCAUUGUGCCACUCUGUUCGCGACGCGGACAUGCUUCUCCGAGUGGUUUUCAAUGCACCGUCCGAUGAUAUGGACGACACGGCUCUAGGAUUCCCUUGGAUGCAGCCCGUGAAAGCGCCCACGCAGCUCACAAUCGGAGUCUUGCCGGAAGAUCCCCAAACUCCGCUGCACCCCAAUAUGCAGCGCACUCUCAGAACGGCCAUUGAGAAGCUAGGAAAUGCGGGUCACCACAUUGUGGAUCUAUCUAAACAGAUCGAAUUUUUGGGAGCUGGUGCAGAUAUGGCAUUCCGCUUCUUUCGCAUUGACCCGGAUCAAACACAGUUGCAGCAUAUCCGUAGGUCUGGCGAGCCGGCGAUCCCGUCUCUUCGAUUUACGUACGACCUCGACGGAAAGGGAGAAGAACCGACUUUGCGAGGAUUGUUUGACUUGAACGCCUCCCGAGCAGAGAUUGCGGCGAAAAUGCGCCGCGUGUUUCUCGACAACCACCUCGAUGUGAUUAUCGGACCAGGAUACCAGACCACGGCAGUUCCGCAUGACACCUUUGGUGUUCCGGUAUACACAGUCCUUGCCAAUUUGGUCGAUUAUCCCGCAUGCGUCAUUCCCUAUGGCUCCUCUCAGGAGACCGCUGAUGCCGAGUUCGUGCGAGACGUGAAAUAUUAUCCUCCUUAUCUUCCCAAAGAAGUCGAAAACGCACCCUGCCACGUGCAGCUUAUCGGCCGCCGCCAGAAGGACGAGGUGCUGAUCCAGCAUGCGCUAAUUGUGGAGGAAGUUUUAGCCAAGUGA